AAGACUCGUUGUUUUGAACGAAUCGUUCACUCACUAGCCAACACUAGCGGCCAAUGAUUGUAUAGGUUAUUGCGGGUGCGUCGUUGCCAUGGUAGCUGGUUUAAUCGUAAUGCCUCUAGCUCGUCUUGAAUUCGUCUCGGUUUCGACUUGAAUGCCGUUCGUGUUUCCAUUCACAAAUUAGUAUCGUCCUCAUUUUACUUUAAAUGCUACUCGUUGUCUUCUCGUGUGAACAGACCGCGGAUGCUAAACUAGCUUGCUAGCCAACGUAAACAUGUCGAGUUUAUCCUCCUGAGUGGAUAAUCCCCAUCUCUUCUGACCUCACCGGUUAGCUGCGAGAAGUGACUGGCGAAUGGAACGACGGGUUACCAUUUUUGUGGCCGGAUAAGCAUCUAGUUUGACGCCUUGCGUCGUUAUUAUCCUCCGGAGUCAAGACCUUUUCCAAAUAAAGAUGGAAAUUAAUUUAAAUCGAGUUGACUAUAUCCAGGUUGGCGUAACAUCCCAAAAAACCAUGAGGCUGCUGCCAGCACUUGGAAAAAAAGCCACUCAAAAGGUGGCUGUUGCUGACCAUGACGGCGUACUGACAUGUUUUGGGAUGAAGAAAUGCGACGCAGUACCUGUCUUCAAAACACUCCCGGGGCAGAAAAUAUGCCGAAUGGACCUUGGUGGAGCGGUGGGAACCUCGCAGGAGAAGAUCUUUGUCUGCUCAGGCUCUCAAGUGCGAGGAUUCACCAAGAAGGGGAAACAGUUCCUCACUUUUGACGCCAAUCUUACCGAGAGCAUCAAUGCCAUGCAGGUGUCUGGCGCUGACCUUUUUGUGUGCGCCAGCUACAUCUACAACCAUUACUGUGACUGCAAGGACCAGGACUACUUCCUGUCAGGAGACAAGAUCAACGACAUCAUCUGUUUGUCUUCAGAGAACCUGGCUCGUACCAUCCCUGUGCUGGCGUGUCAAGAUCGUGUUCUCAGGGUGCUGCAGGGAUCUGAGCUGGCCUACGAGGUGGAAGUGCCCGGACAGCCAUCUGUGCUAGAAUGCUACAACAAAGAUGGAGGCAACUCAGUCCCCUUUUGUUUUGAUGACAAGAUCCUUAUGCUAUGUCAUGUGAAUCGCAUGAAUUUUAUUCCCCUCUCAGGAGAUGCCAUUCUCUAUGGGACAACGGAUGGCAAAAUUGGCUCAGUUCACAUCGGCGAGGGUUCAGCGACAACCAAAUGGGAGAUUGACAACGACAAAAAGAAAGGAGGAAUUCUCUGCCUCGACACCUACGACAUCACUGGUGACGGCGUGAGGGACCUCCUGGUGGGACGUGAUGACGGGACGGUUGCCGUCUACGCCUUUGACAGCACCAACGAGCCCACGCAACGCUUUGAACAUGCUUUGUCAGAAAGCGUGACCUCCAUUCAGGGAGGCUGUGUGGGAAAGGAGUCCUAUGAUGAGAUCCUAACUGCCACCUAUACAGGUUGGGUGACAGGUUUGACCACAGAGCCUCAAAAGGCUGAAUUGGGUGCGGGAGACGAGGUUAGGAUAAGUAAAGAGGUUCAGGCCAAAGUGGAAGCCCUCAGGGCGGAGCUGGAGCAGCUCCAGGUCAAAGUUCAAGUGGGCCGCGAGCAGUACCAACAAACGUCAUUGUCCAAGACAGCUGUCUCUGUGGUGCCCACCUUCAGCAUCAACGACAAGUUUACGCUGUGCCAGGACGAUGCCAGCUACAGCCUCACGCUGGAGGUCCAGACAGCCAUUGACAACCUGCUGCUCCAGAGCGAUGUCCCCAUCGACCUGCUGGACGUGGACAACAACUCAGCGGUGGUCAGCUUCAGCGAGUGCGACUCUGAGCAUCCUAAUGGCAACUUCCUGCUGGCCACUUACCGAUGUCAAGCCAACACCACCAGAUUGGAGCUCAAGGUGAGGUCCAUCGAAGGGCAAUACGGCACCUUGCAGGCUUACAUCACCCACAGACUACAGCCCAAGACGUGUCAGGUUCGACAGUAUCGCAUCAAACCUCUUUCGCUUCACCAGCGCACACACAGCAUCGACCAGGACAGGCCAAUGAACAGGCUGACUCUGGUGGGGCAGUUCAGUUUUGCAGAAAUCCACUCCUGGGUGGUCUUCUGUCUACCGGAGGUACCAGAGAAGACACCGGCGGGAGAGAGCAUCACCUUCUACUUCCUUAACACCUUCCUUGGGACGCAGUUGGACGCCACCUACAGCAAAGGGGAGGGUCACUUCAAGUCAGAUAACAUCUCCACCAUCUCCAUCCUGAGCGAUGUCCUCUCCAAAGAGGCCACCAAACGCAAAAUCAACUUGAACAUUUCCUACGAUAUCAACGACGAUUCUGUGAGCCACACGCUCAAGAUGAUUCACCCUAAACUGGAGUACCAGCUGGUGUUGGCAAGAAAAGUUCAGCUCAUUGAUGCACUGAAAGAGCUGCAGCUGCACGAGGGCAACGCCGACUUCCUGAUCUCAGAAUACCGCAGCAUCCUGGACCAGUCGGACAUUCUGCUGGAGGAGUACAAGAGGCAGCCAGCGCACCUGGAAAGGCUUUACGGCAUGAUCACGGACCUCUUCAUUGAUAAGUUCAAAUUCAAAGGACAGAAUGUGAAAGCAAAAGUGUCGUCGCUCUUGGAGAUCCUGGAUAGUUACGAUUUAAAUUCGUUGUUGGACUUUUUUAACGAGGCUUAGUCGUGCAAUCCACGUGGGAAUCUUUAGGAGCACUUUUGUCUAUAUUUAAACAAUUUUAAUUUAUAUUUUUAUAUCCUUGCCAACUUUCCCGAUUUAGCCCCACAUUUCAAAAAAGUAGCAUAUAUUUUAGAAAAAACAUACAGUAUAUUUCAGAACACAAGCUUGAGUAGAAACUAUGCUGUACAAACUCAUCUAGUCAUUUGGACUAAUGAUAAAACAUUUUUAUAAAUAAA